GCUUCUCUGGCUAUGACACGGACACACCGGGCGGGAAGGAUGGCUCUAACCAGCCGGGAGAUGUUGUGCUUGAUCGGAACCUGCCUCUGGCUGCCGCUUUUGGCUGAGGUGGUGGCUGAGGACAGUUACUUAAACGAGGUGCAGAACUCAGUGCCUCUGUCCUGCUCUGAGGGAUUCACAGAGUUGGGAUACUACAACGGCACCGUGUCCCAGACGGACUCUGGCGCCCCCUGUCUGAAGUGGACCGACUUUCCAGACUAUGUCAUGCAGUACCCGGGCCGAGGGCUGGGCGACCACAGCUACUGCAGGAACCCGGACCGAGAGUCCAACCCCUGGUGUUUCUUCAGACAAAACUCUGGAGCCAUUGGCUGGGCCUACUGCGACUGCCACCAGGGUGCUGCUCGUCUCGUUGGCAGCUCGUCCUCCGGCAGCGGGCGGGUUGAGGUCUACCUGAAUGGCCAGUGGGGGGCAGUGUGUGACCCCCACUGGACAGACAGAGACGCCAGUGUGAUCUGCAGGCAGCUGGGCCUGGGGGACAUUGGCACGGCGUUGCAGCACUCGCAGUUCGGCUCGGGCUCCGGCCUCUUUCACUACGAGCGUCUGGGUUGCCGCGGUGAUGAGAACACCCUAAGUAAGUGCCGGAGCAGGACGUUCGUCACCGGCGACUGUAGCCAUGGAAACGAGGCCGCAGUGGUGUGUGCACCGCCAGAAGGCAGCGGCCCUCCGCUGCGUUUGGUCGGAGGCGAGGAAGACUUUGAAGGUCGAGUGGAGGUGUUUCACGCUGGAAGGUGGGGCUCUGUCUGCGAUGACCAGUGGGACGACAGAGACGCCGAAGUGGUGUGCAGACAGCUUGGUUUUGGGGGUGUGGCGAAGGCCUGGUCCUGGGCUCACUUCGGUCAGGGUUCAGGCCCGAUCCUGCUGGAUGCUGUGAAGUGCACAGGAAACGAGCUCUUCCUGGAUCAGUGUCCCCAUGGUGACUGGGAGCAGCACAACUGUGACCACAUGGAAGAUGCUGGAGUCUCCUGCAGCCCUUAUACAGAUGGCGUGGUGCGUCUGGUGGGAGGAGACAGUCCCUGGGAGGGUCGAGUCGAGGUUUUCCACAAUGGUGACUGGGGAACGGUGUGUGACGACCACUGGAGCCAGCAGCAUGCAGAGGUGGUCUGCAGACAGCUGGGCUACAGGGGUCACGCUGAGGUCGUGUCAGAUGGGACGUUCGGCGAGGGUGUCAGUCUGAUCCUCCUGGACGACGUCAACUGCGAGGGAUCUGAGACCUCCCUGCUGGACUGUCCACACGGGAUCUGGGGGCGGACCGACUGCUCCCACAGCGAGGACGUCGGGGUUCGCUGCAGGGGCCGAUCCAGCCACGAGACAAACGAGGUGCCGGUUAUCGCACCUUCCACAGGUCCCCUGGUGCGCCUUGUGGGUGGCAGCAGCAGGAAGGAGGGUCGAGUCGAGGUGUAUCUCCAUGGUGACUGGGGGAGUAUUUGUGACUCAGGCUGGAACGACCUGAACGCAGCUGUUGUGUGCAGACAGCUUGGACACAGUGGGGGAGCGGUAGCAGCCGGAGGGUUCGGUCAGGGGAAAGGGCCCAUCCACCUGGACCAGGUGAGGUGCACGGGGAAGGAGGAGUUCCUGGGAGAGUGUCCCUCUCUGGGACAGAGCGUCCAGGGCUGCAGGCGCAGGGAAGAUGCAGGGGUGAGGUGUGACGUCACGCCGCAGGAGUCUACGGUGCAGGUCAAGCCUCAAGAGCUGAGCUGUGGGCUGAGGAAGCUGGUGGAGGAGGACAGCAAGAGGAGGAACCAAGGAGAGGAAAACAUGCUCAGGACCACAUGGCCAUGGCAAGUGUCAGUGUGGCUUCAGUCCCAAGGAAAAGAUGGCGGUCCUCUCUGCAGCGGCACUCUGAUCAGCCCCUGCUGGGCCCUGACCUCAGCGCACUGUGUCAGCAGGUUCGGCCGCGAUCCUUCCAUGUACGUGGUGCGUGUCGGGGCGUCGGAGGAGACUCUCACCCCGGAGCAGGUGGUGGUUCACAGGAAGUUUAAGGGGGAGAGCGGAGGUCAUGAUUUGGCUUUGUUGAAGCUGCCCAGCACCAAAGGUCACUGUCUGACCUUUGACCCUAACACUAACGCGGCAUGCCUUCCUGCUGCAGACACAGCAUCGGGGGGAAUCGUGCCAUCUUCUUGUGUUGUCAUGGUUACCACUGGCUGGACAGGACCAGACUCAGUUCUUGCAUCCUGGGUCCCUUUGAUGUCGUCAUGGCAAUGUAAGAAGCGCUAUGGCGACAGCUUCUCCAGCCACGGCACACUGUGUGCCGGCAGCCCUCCAGACACCAGUCUCCUCCAUGGCGACAGUUGUCAGGGCAACUCUGGUGGUGGGCUGGUGUGUCAGAAGGAGACGGGUCGAUGGGUCCUCACUGGAGUCGUUGCCGGGGGUUACAGCUGCUCUGACCCCUCCUCUCCUGCGCUCUACACUCGAGUCAGCCGCUUCAGGAGCUGGAUCGACGAGGUCAUCAACGUGCAAGUGCGUCCGGAGGAACCGCACACGCACACACAGACACAAGAAGAUCUGACACACAACGAUCUAACGCACACACACAGCGAGGGCAAAGAUAAAUACUUCCACACGCACGGCAAGCUCAAACACACGCACGACCAACCACAGACAAAUGAAAUCAGUGAGAUUAAACUGAAACACACACACACUCAUCACUCACACACUGAUCAGCACGUUAACACACACACUAAGAGCCCACAAACCCACCGUGUAGGGGAAUCAGACACAAACACACAAAUUCUGGUCUGAUUGAGGCCGUGCCAUUGGCUUACCAUCUGUGCCAUGUGACCGCCUGAGGAGGAGGAGGAGGAGGACAAAACUUAACUUUGACAGCAAAAGAAAAGAAAGAUGCUCUUAGCUUAAGUCAGUAAAAAACGGCAGUCUCUGUGCUCAUUUCAAAUCUGAACUCAGUGUUGUGAAUCCCAAGUGUUUGCGGUUGCUAAGCAUCAGAUGAGCAGUGUGGGCAGACCCUCCCAUCACUGCCAGGAUGUCAGCGUGUGUGGGUGAUUUGUGGUGCUGUACAUGUGAGUUGCAGUCCGUUAAGAGCCAGAACAAUGACUGACGGGUCGGCGACAUUUAAGGUUGAGCCCUGGCAGAUUUAUCAGCGUGCCGAUGAGGGCCUUUCACUGAUACUGAAAAUCCAAAAAAUCAGCAUGGCAUGUAUUUUAAUGACAAUAGCGUUAGCAUCAAAACAUUCGGGGGGACAUUUCUAAGACGGUCACACAAGAAUCUAUGCUAAAAUUCACCUAUUAAUGUGUCUGCUGUGUGAGCUGUUAGAACAAACUAGUAUAAAGGCUGACUGCGUAUCAUCCCUGUCCCUCUGAGAUUAUUAGUGUAGAUAAACCCCAAACUCCUGCAGCGGGUGAGGCAGGCUUGGACAAAAAUUCAGAUGUGGGUGAUGUUGCUUUUUCAAACAGGGCUCCUCUCUUCAGGCUGUUGUCUUAUACCUUUACUGGUGAAAGUGCUGUUGUUCGUUCAGACCCAUGACUAAGCUAUUUACCUUGGGACCACAUCAGUGAUUCAGCAUGUUUUGCCUUCUUACCAGUGAUGUAAAAUUUACCCUGCUGCUGACUGUUCUGAAAGUCAUGCUGUCGUUUCCAGAGCAAACGCUGGACAAAAGAGAACCUCAAAGCCUAUAAUGACGUCAAAUACACACAUGGGAAUUUAAUGCACAAAUGUCGUUCCCAAGUCCCAAUUAUGUAUCACAAAAGCUGAGGGUGAAUCAAUACAGAGAGCAAUUGGGAAAUCAAAAUAAUGGAGACACAUAUCAGAGGUAAAAAAAAAAAAAGGGAAGGAAAUGCUGCACAAAUACUGGGAGAGCUUCCACGACUGCAUCAGUCCGUGGUCAAAAAGCUCCUCAAAACUCACUGUGUAGGAUUGCUUUUAAUGUUUAACUGCUACCUAGUGCGCUCUUAUUAUUCUUUGUUUUUAGUUUUUCUUAUGUAUUAUCCUCUGUGGGAACCAUCUUUGGGAAUCUCGAAAAGUUUUCUCCAAAUAAAGAAUUAUUAUUAUUAUUAUUAUUAGUACCUACUACCUUCAAACACAUCAGGAAACUAUAAGGUAAAGGCAGCCACUUCCUGAUACAGCAGCCAUUGUUAAGGGUUUACACAUUGUAAAUAAUGACUUUAUUUGUGGUUAGUAAAUAGUUCAAGUGUAUGACAAGAACAACUUUUGUGUUGCCAUUUAUAAUUACAGUUUUUGGUUUUUGGCCACCUUGCACCUCAGACUUGUGUCGUAAAUGCAGCAAUCUUCUCAAGUACUUCCUACUUCCCAGGUAGCUUUUUGGUUACCUCUGAUGUUAAUGCAAUAUGGGAGAUCAAUCCACAGACUUGAAACUUGUGGAAUCCAUCACAAGAAACGUUAAAUCUUCAGUUAUUUUUGUCGGUUUCAUUAUUGUCGAGAGCUAAUGCAGUGCAGAUCAAUUACACUGCAUUACCUCACAACAAUAACGGACCUUUUAAAAAUAAUCGCGCAGGUUUUAAAGGUCCGUUCAUUGAUUUCUAUUCCAAAGGGAAAACAAAAAAAAACUGCUGCCCGGAAAACUGAAACACUACAAUAUGGUUUUGUCAGCAGUUACAUCAAGUGUACACAGUUUGUUGUGUUUGUAGUUAAGGAGGUAAAACAUGCAAAAAACCCCCCCCCACAAAACUGGUGUGGUGCUUCAAAAUUGUACAGGACAAUUCUCUCCUUUCAAAGCCAUUGGAAGCUGACUGUCGGGUCACAAAAUAUCUUUUUGUACUGAUUCCAGCAGAUGGCGCUAGAUAGCUAAAUGAGUAGGCAGAUAGACGGGUAGAUAGCUACUACUCCAGAGUUUAGAUAGUGUGUGUACUGCAUUCAUUCUUGACUGAAUUAGGUAGCUGAACUGUUGAAGUUUAAUGUUGUCUGUUCUCUUGUUCGCUGAGCAGAUGUGUGAUCCAACCACAAGAUGGCGACAUUGCUCUAUUUUCACAGGGCCACCGGCCGUUGGAUAAUGUGGCCCUGAUGGUUCUUUUUUAUACUCUUGCUAUUAAGUGUACGGACUUGACUUGUGCUUUGAUGUACUGUGAACCACUGUGUCGUGAAGCAUCUUGUAACCUGCGACUGCUGUUUCUCCAACAUGGACCUGUCCGAUGCCUGUUGUUAUGAUCCUGUACAUAAACUCAAGCCUAUCACUUACUCCUUCCUUCCUGAGACUUUGAUGUUUUACCAUGCAGAUCCUGUAGGUUAAUGUAAAUACUGUAUGUCUACAGCUGGACGGUGAGGGAGCAGAGUAAAGUGUUUCAGAUGUAGGCCUACUUUACCUGUGUUAAACCCAUCGUCUGUUCCUCAGUGUAAUGUGCUGAAUCAUGGUUGAGUAUUAAAACAUAUACCUGGUGA